AUGGGAAAGAGUGGUACAUUAGAGAAAGAUUAUCAAAUUGUUAAAGAAAUUGGACGUGGUGGAUUUGGAGUUGUAUAUAAAGCUAUACGUAAUCAUGAUCAAAAAGAAGUUGCUAUAAAAAUUAUUGACAAAAAUCGAGUUAGUCCUGUUAGAUUAUCACAGGAAUUAAAAGCAUUAAGAUCAUUAAAGUCUAUGCAUGUUGUUGAGUUUUAUGAUGAUUUUACGGAAAAUGAUAAUCACUGCAUUGUUAUGGAAUAUUGUUUAUAUGGGUCAUUAAGACAAUAUAUAAAAGAAAAUGGUCCAUUAUCAGAUAAGGUUGCUGCAUUUAUUUUACGCCAAUUGGUACUUGGUGUCAAUAGUAUACACAAAGCUGGUAUGAUGCAUAGAGAUCUAUCUACAGGCAAUGUCCUAAUAUAUGAAAUAUCCAAAGAUGGCAAUAUUUAUAUAAAAUUGGCAGAUUUUGGAUUAGCUACAAAUUUAAAUACUAAUAAGAUGCCUGCAACUAUAGUUGGUACACCAGGUUUUAUUGCUCCACAGGUUUAUGAAAGAUCUUAUGGACCAGCAGCUGAUGUUUAUUCAUUAGGUUGUAUUUUAUAUUCAAUGUUAACAGGAAAAGAACCACCACGACAACCUGGUGAAAAACCUGAUUCUAAAGAUUUUAUUGGAUUAUCAGACGAUGCUGUUAAACUAUGCAAAGAUAUGAUGAACCCUGAUCCUGAUAUUAGAAUUCCAUUAUUAGAAAUACAAAGAUCAGCCUUUUCAAAUAGAGCAUUAGGUAUUACAGUUUCUCGUGAUGGUUAUACAAGUAGGGAGAGGUCAUAUGAUAGUGUCAAUCGCAGUAGAUCAAGGGGUAAUUCUCAUCCUUAUCAAAGGUCUUCAAAAGACAGAACUCACAAACAGUUUAGAUCUCAGUCAACUGGAAAGCAAAAGUUGUCCAAUGGAAAAUCUGAUUCAGCUUUUGAAAGUGAUACAAUAUCACAAUUUAAUGACAAAGAUUUGUGUUCUCAUGUUCCAAGGUUUCGUGAUAAAUUGUCUCGACCAUCAAAGUAUAACGUUUUAGGUGAUUACAAUCGACCUAGAAAUGAAUUAAUUGAUGGUAGAAAAACUUCAACUACAUAUACCACUUAUAGUAAUUUUUCAUUAAAAACAAUUGGAGGUAGUGUCGGUUCAAAGAAAGAUAAAGUGUAUUCAUUAGAAUGGCCAUUAAAAAUAAAUUUUCUUGGAACAAUUUCAUCUCUGACUAAAUCUGGACGUUUUUCUGUAAGUAAUGGCAUUACUUUUAUCUUUGAAUCCGUUGACUCUAAAGGUUAUAUGCAUGCUGUUAUGGUUGUGGAUCAGAAACGUGGUAUCGAAGAACAAGUAGUAAAACUAUAUAUACUAGAUAGAAGAAUAAAGUUUUCUGAACAAAUAUGUGUUGUUGAUGAUAUUUUAAAUGAAAGACAUCCAAUUGUAUAUACAAGCAUAAAUGAUUUAAUGAAAAGUCGCCUUGCAAAUGAAUGUUAUACAAGAAUGUACUGUUGUAGUAAAAAAUUUGCUGGACGUGUUGCCAAAAUUACUAUUAAUUCUCCUAUGGGUUUACCUAGGUGUAUUGUCAAAUACAUGUUUAAUGGAGAUUUUCGUAUAGUUUUUCCUGAUGGUCGUGUUGCUGUACAAAAAGUGGAUUCUUUAAAUAUUAUAUGUACUGAUAUUAAUAAUAGAUCAACAAAUUUGUCUAAUGAUGAAAUUGAAUCAUAUAAGCAUAUAAAAAAUUUCUGUUUAAGUUAUAAAAAUAUUUGUAGUACGACAAAUUCAUCUGAAAAAGAGAAUUUUAUUUUGCCUCCAGACAAGUACAAACUAAAAUAUUCAAGAAAUGAUGGAAAAAUGGUUGGAAUACAAACAGAAGAUUCACAGGGAAUAGUUCGAUUGCUUCGAGAAUCAACAACACAGAAGAAUGGAUACAUUUUUACGGAAAAAGGUGGAUGUGAGAAAAGAUUUAUGUAUAAUGGACAGCUUAGUACAGUUCCAAGUUACUGUAAAGCUAUGCUUUUAACUUUUAUAGAAAAGAAAAAGUCACAUUCAAACAAUUAA